AUGUUCGACGCCGGCCAGCAGCUAGCCGUGGGAGGCAGCAGCAGCGCGGCCGCCCCGGGGCACAGCGCGUCGACCAUCGCCGUCGAGGAGGUGACCGGCUCGCACGUGCUCACCGUCGACGGGUACACCAGGACCAAAAAGGGGCUCGUCGCCGGCCAGGUCAGGUGCGACAUCACCGUCCUCAAGGAGACCGCCAGGGACAACGCCGCUGCCGCAGCGGCGGCGGCGAGGUACGUCGCGGUGCCGCCGCCGGACAUGGGCAGGGACCUCGACCGCCUCCUCUCGAGCGGGGAGGGGGCAGACGUGGCGUUCGAGGUGGGCGGCGAGACCGUCGCGGCGCACCGGAGCAUCCUCGCCCAGUGGCGGAGCUACAUGUCGACAAAAGAGGGCUAUGCCCCCCUCUCCGCCACUGUCCUCGCCGCCCGGUCGCUGGCCCUCCUGGCGGAGCUCUUCGCGCCAGCGCCAGGCGCCGCAGUCUGCGUGUGGGUUGAGGGCGUCGACGUGGAGGUGUUCUGGGCCGUGCUCCGCUUCGUGUACAAGGACACCCUCCCGGAGCUGGAGGAGGGCGGCGGCGAGGCGGCGGCCAUGGCGCCGCGCCUGCUCGCCGCGGCGGACAGGUACGGCCUGGAGAGGCUGAAGCUGAUCUGCAAGGACAGGCUCUGCGACGACGUCGACGCGAGCACCGUCGGGACGGCGCUGGAGCUGGCCGAGCGCCAUGGCUGCCAGGGGCUCAAGAGGGCGUGCCUGGAUUUUCUCAUGGCCGGCAGCAACCUGAAGGCCGCCACUGCGACCGGGGACUUCGAGCACCUGAGCAACAGCUGCCCGUCCGUUCUCAAGGAGCUGCUUGACAAGGUCACCUCUCUCUGA